UCCGUUGCCGUGGCAGCGCGUGACGUCAUCGCGACGGUUUGUGAGGCCGCCCGCGGCGUUUUAAAACGAAGCCGCCGCCGCCUCAAACACGACAACGACGACGAUGAAUGUUUACACCAAAGUUUAAUUAUUUUGUUCGUAUUAAAAUGUAGCUCUCGCUUGAACUAACCGCGCCCCCCUUUGCGGGAAUUGACAACAGCCAGAACAGCGACGACAAAAACCACCACCACCAUCAUCAUCACCAGCACCACCAUCAGCAUCAUCAGCAUCAUCAUCAUCGCCGUAGACCUGAAACAUCGAUUUGGACGCUGGCGAAAGCCGCAGUCUCUGUCGUCGCGAUGUUUCGGACGCCGCUGAACCGAGACAACGCCGGGAGCGAAGGGACGGCUCCGAGACUUUGCCCUCCGUGCACAUUUUCGACCACCACAGACGCCGCCAGCCUCAUCCCUCCGUCUCACUUUACCACGCCGGCGACCCCGAAGCAACCGGCAGCCAAGUUCGAUUCCUUUCACCAGGAAGUGCUGCACCUCAGGCAGGAGAACGGACGCCUUAAAGAGGCCCUCCUGUGGACAACGGCCGCCCCCUUAGGUUUGCCGGGGCAGUCGAGACUCGAAGGCGCGCAGGAGAUGCGUCUACCGCACGAAGAGCGCGGGAGAAUUCGUAGUGAAGAGCGGGAGAGGGUGCGGAGGGAGGAGAGAGUGCGUAGUGAGGAGAGGGAGAGAGUGCGGAGUGAGGAGAGAGUGCGGGGCGAAGAGAGACACCGAAUAUACGGCGAGGAGCUGGAUAGAGUGCGUCGUGAGGAGAGAGAGAGGGUACGUAGUGAGGAGAGGGAGAAAGUACGGAGCGAAGAGAGAGACCGGAUAUACGGCGAGGAGCUGGAGAGAGUGCGUCGUGAGGAGAGGGAGAGAAUACGGAGCGAAGAGAGAGACCGGAUCUACGGCGAGGAGCUGGAGAGAGUGCGGAGUGAGGAGAGAGAGAAAGUACGGAGCGACUACGGAGACCGGAUAUACGGCGAGGAGAUGGAGAGAGUGCGUAGUGAGGAGAGGGAGAAAGUGCGGGUAGAAGAGAGAGACCGGAUCUACGACGAGGAGAUGGAGAGAGUGCGUAGUGAGGAGAGGGAGAGAGUACGGAGCGAAGAGAGAGACCGGAUCUACGACGAGGAGAUGGAGAGAGUGCGUAGUGAGGAGAGGGAGAGAGUACGGAGCGAAGAGAGAGACCGGAUCUACGACGAGGAGAUGGAGAGAGUGCGUAGUGAGGAGAGGGAGAGAGUACGGAGCGAAGAGAGAGACCGGAUAUACGGCGAAGAGCUGGAGAGAGUGCGGGGCAAAGAGCGCGAGAGAAUCCGGGCGGAGGAGCGGGAGGGAGCUCUCCGCGGAGAGCGGGAGGAGGAGCGGGAGCUGUCCCGCCUCGGGUCCCUGCUGCGGGAGACGGAGCGCCGUGAGGAGCAGCUGCAGCAGGAGCUGGGGCAGUGCCGCAGUGAUGCCGCGAGUCAAGCGCAGCUGGUGCAGCAGAUGCGGCGCUACGUGGGCACCCGGGCACAGCACGAGGAGGAGGAGGAAGGACCCGACAGGGACAGUCUGUUGGCGCGCGUACAGGUUCUGGAGAAGGAAAACUCCCGCCUCCGGGCAGAGUCGGAGCUGCAGUGUCUCCGUCUCUCGUCGCUGUCUCACAUCCUGACCACGCAGGAGGCCAUUAUACACCCACCGGCGGCGAAGGGUGACGACCUCACCGCUGGCGGCGACGGGGACGGGCGGCCGCCGCCGCCGCUGCUGCUGCUGUCGUGUUGGCGUCAGAAAGCGUACGCUCUCCUCGUGCAGCUCAGCUGCCAGGAGGCGCAGCAAAGGAAGGAGGCGAGAGAGCGACAGACCGAGCUGUUGGAACUGCAGCAGGUCCUGCGGAGGAACGAGGGGCAGGUGAAGAUACUGGAACUCGGCCUCUCCGACCGCACGGCCGAACUGAAGCUGCAGACCAUCAGGGCUCAGGGUCUCCAGGAGGAUCUGGAUGCGCUGAGGGCAGCGGCCCAAGAAGCCCAGCAGAGGGCAGCGCGGGCAGAAGCGGCGGUGCACCGACUGCAGGAAACAGUCAGCAGGCGCUGGAGAGAGGUGACGGAGAGCGAAGGGAAAGUCGUGGGCGCGAUGGAGUCGCUCGGCCGCCUCUCCGAACGCGUCCGCUUCGCCACGAGGAGAGUGGACCUCGUGCGAGGGCUGGUGCUGAGGAGGGAUGCCCUGCACCGUCUCGCCCUGCAGGAGCAGCCCACCAUCGCUCCCAGCCCCGACGUCCCCGCCAGGCCGGAUCUGCAGGCUGAGCUGAGCCAUCUCCAAGCGGAGAGAGACCUCCUCUCGUCACAGAUGCAGAAGGAUGCCCUCCUCAUGCAAGAGAAAAUCUCACUCGCCACACACAGGGCGGAGGAGGCCUGUGCGGAGCAGCUCCGGCACCUGCGGUCUCUGGCCGAGGAGCGCGGCGCGCUGCACGAGGAGACCCAGGCUCGCCUGCAGCAGGCGCAGCACGAGCUGCAGCAGGCGCAGCACGAGCUGGAAGCCGCCCGCACCCAGCAGCAGCAGCAGCUGGAGCAGCUGCAGCAGCUGCAGCAGGAGCUGCAGCAGGAGCACGGAGCGAAGGAUCAGGCGGUGCGAGCCGUCGAACGGGACCUCCGCGCUCGCUACGCGGAUCAGCUCUCCGGCUUGGAGCAGAGUCUGAACCAGGCACGCAGGGAGCACGGCAAAGCUGUGGUGGCGCUGCGCCAGGGUGAGCGCGAGUGGAGCCGGGAGAGGGAGCGAGCCAGGGAGCUGACUCAGACUCGCGACAGGCAUCACCACGAGCAGCUGCAGCAGCUGCAGAGCCACCUGCAGCAGCUGCAGGCGGACGGUAGCCUCAUGAAGGCGACGCUGAGGCAGGAGGGGCUGUUGCAGCAGUACAAGGCGAGGAGAGUCGGAGGGCAGCAGCUGGAGAAAGGGCAGCGUCACACAGGGUCUCUGAGCUCCGUGCUGAAGGAUCUGAGAGCGUUGAGUGUGGAAGUUCUCACAGAAGACGCAGAGGAGGGAGGGAGACCCGAUGGUUGAAUAACUCAAAACACGUCCACACGUGUGUACGUACACACGUGUACCCGUGUGUACGUACACACGGGUACACGUGUGACUUUACACACGGGUACACGUGUGUACGUACACACCAGCCGGCGUUCGCCACCGAGUGCCGCUGACGUCACCACGGCACCUGCGCCAGGCUAGGUGCACUUUGAGGCUAUCACGUGACGUGCCGAAUGCCCGCUGGCAGGAGGUCACGGGACAGACCCAGCAGAGGCGCCGUGGGUUGACUGACUGAGAUGACCGGUAGAUGCAACCACCAUCUGUGCCAAAGUUACACACAAAGACAAAGAGUUACACGCGCACGCACACAAAUGCAUACACGUGGACACAUACACACAUGUACACAGACAAAUACACAGUAUUCAAACACAAAGAUCAAACAGAGAUCCCCCGUGUAGCCUUAACAGACUGUAGGGGCAAGUGCUGUUAGCGAGCACCUAUGAAGGCCGGAACGGCACACUGAGGGGGUGGGUGGCCAGCACCACGCCCGACCGCCUUUGUCUCCCCAGUGGCGAUGUUUACACACCGCACCAGGUACUCAUUUAAGGCCGAGUCGACCUAGGGGAGGCCCGGGACCGGUUCAGAUAAUCGUCACUGGUGUUAGCCGUGAGCGGGAAUCGAACCCGGGUCGCCAGGUUCAUAGCGCAGCAGUAGCGCUAACCGCUAUACUACCGCUACACUACCGCUCCCCCUUAAACACGCACACAUGUACACAUUCACAAACCAUGCACAAGCCUUAGACAGCUUAACAAAGAUCUUCCAUAGCGCCUUUCACAGACUGUUGGUGCAAUUGCUGUUAGCAAGCAGCACCUAUGAAGACUGGCACUGUGGCACACGAGCCCAGUGCCGAUGUUUUAUACUUGUACCCAGCACUGAUUUAAGGCCGAGUCGACCCAGAGGAAGCCCAGGACCAGUUAGAAUAUUCACCGUCAUCGGUUGUGAACGGGAAUCGAACUCGGGUCGCCGGGUUUGUGGCGCAGCGCGCUAACCACUGCGCCACCGCUCGCCCGCAUGGACACGCAUAUACACACGUACACACGCAUCACGCGCGCGCACACACACAGGCACGCAGAUUAACCUCAGUUACUCAGAAUGCUUGGGCAGUUUGACACGGAGCGGGCUUUCGCGACCAAUAUUUCCCAUAAUAGACGUUUUCCUUGGGCCAGAUCACGUAAAUGUGUCGUCAAACUCACGGCCAAUCGGUGAGGGAGUUUGUCACGUGACCAAUUCGUUACUAUCUUUUUGGUUCUUUCGGUAAAGUCACGUAGAAGGGAAAUAAUAAAAUAAUAAAAAUAAAACAUAA